AUGUUCUCAGCGGCGGCUGAACCAGGACCUAGUCAGAAGCAGCACUCGCAGCUAAAGUGCCUGCUCAAGGCCAAAAAGGAGGCGCCUCCCAGGGAGAAACCAGAGGCGGUGAAGACACAACUGCGGGACAUGGUAAUUUUGCCUGAAAUGGUGGGCAGCAUGGUUGGCGUCUACAAUAGCCAGACCUUCAACCAGGUGGAGAUCAAGGCUGAGAUGAACGGACCUUACCUGGGCGAGUUCUCCAGCACCUACAAGCCCGUGAAGCACGGCCCGACUGGCAUUGGGGCCACCCGCUUGUCCCCCUUCAUCUCCCUCAAGCAGCCUGCCUGGGGACAGGCCAUGCAGCACAAGAACACCAGCCUGUAG